UUAGUUUCAAAGRUCAUUGAAGUCUCUGCACCAACAACAACAGUCUCUCAAGCCAUGGACAUCAUAAAGCCCAUCUUGGGCAUAGCGAAGAAGCUCUAUUCUUUAUGUGCUGAAGUGAAAGCCAAUAAAAAGCGCUGUCAGCGUUUGGCCCAGCGCGUAAAAGCCUUGGCAGAUACGGUGAGUAUGGUAAAGGGGCUGGGGGAAGACCCUGCCCCUGUGGAGAACAGCCUGCAUGAGCUCAAACUCACCCUGGAAAAUGCCCAGGACAUGGUUGAGAAAUACGCUAGCGCCAAAUACAUGAACCGCGUCUUGAAGGCCUACAAGCAGGGAGAAGAGUUUGAGAGUUUGACCAUGCGCCUGUACGAUUCAGCUCAGGUGCUGUCGCUAGCCCUGCAGGUGGAUCACAGAGAGCAGCUACAGCAGAGAUUCAAUGAGGAGACGCGAUGGAGAGAGGAUAAGGCGGACAGGGAGAUCGAUCAUCUGGAGCUGCAGAAAUUGCUACAUGAGAAAGUGGAAGAAGUGCUAGGGAAAGUGGACUCCACCCAAGAAGAUGUAAAAGACAUCAAAGCCAUUUUGGAAACCUUAAAGAAGCCGAGAAUUUUAGAUCAAGACAUAAGAGAGAUCAAGCCAGAGGAGCUGAUCUACAACCUGCCCAAAGAGCCCUUCAUUAAAAAUUACAAUUCAGAGAUAUUCAAAGGAGAGUACAACAAAUUCACAGUGGCCAUCAAAAGAUACACCUACUCAAGUAGCACAAGCCUGAGUCAGGUGAGAAGCGUCUUUAAAAAGGAAGUGGAGACUAUGAAACGCUUUGAGUCACCAAACAUCCUGCGAAUGUUUGGGAUCUGUGUCCAGGAAGAGAGCGGACCCAAUCCAAACUACCUCAUUGUCAUGGAGUUUUGUGAGAAGGGCAGUCUGAGAGAGGUGCUGGAUUCCCAAAGGAAGCUGCCCUGGGACAGAAAGGCUCGCAUGAGUCUGGAUGCAGCACAGGGCCUCUACAGAUUGCACCAGUCGGAGGAGAAGUUUAAAGUGCAUGGAUGCAUCAACAGCAGCAAGUUCCUGGUAGAUGCCGGGUACAGAGUGAAGCUGGCAGGUUUUGAGCUGGCCCAAACAGAGACGUCGUUGAAGAGGACUAAGGACAGGAAGAGGAGCUCCUUAUGCUACAGCUCCCCUCAGCAGCUUGAGAGUGUCAACCAUCCCUACAACAAAGCUUGUGAGAUGUACAGUUUUGGCAUUGUCCUUUGGGAGAUUGCAACCUGCAAGAUUCCCUUCAAAGACUGCUCACACAAAGAGGUGUAUCAGAGGGUGUGUACAGAAAAAUAUACUGAACCUUUUCUUGAAGACUGCCCUCAACAGUUGGGAGAACUGAUCAACGACUGUCGCUCCUACGACAGCUUCUACAGGCCGACAGCGGGCGUGUUGGUUGACAAACUGCGCAAUGUGGUGGAGCAGUUAGAGGAGGACUAACAAACACAGAGGUUCAUCUCCAUCUCCAGAGUUCUCAGAAACAUGGCCGGAGAAGAGAAAAACCAUGAACCGCUAUCAUCCCCACUCCCCAGGUCAAAGGAAGACCAACCAACCCCUUGCCAAAACCUUUGUUUCUGGCAAACCUUUGGCCAAUUUGUUGCAAAUUUGCAGCAAACUCAUAUUUUCAAAUGCAAAUUAGUUUUUGGGCAAACUGUUGCUGUAAAUUUGCGGCAGCGCGUGAACUUCUGGCAAAGAAUCUUGGGAAACUUGUGGUGAACAUUCUAUUGUUUGCUGCAAAUUUGAAUAUAUAUGAAUAUGCGAAAUUGGAUCAGGUUUUUGGUUGACACUGAAAUGUUGUAUCUACAUAAAACAAGUCACAUAACUUAAAAUGAACUUACUUCACAGAGAAAAAACAACAUACUAAAUGCAGUAAAUAUGCUAAACAUGUAUUCAGUGUCUUAACAGAUACAAAUAAAUCCAACUUGAAAUCAUUAGCAUGGUAAUGACGAAAAGAGCAAAGACUGGACAUUUCCCAAAUAAAUACCUUCAAUUAAUUACA